AUGGUAAUGACUAUAAUAUACCUAUACAAACUGAUAGACUCAAAUUUUCACAACAUCAUUAAAGUGGAGUUAAAGUCUUAUAGGAUUGUUGUGUCAAUCAUUGAACCUAAGCAUUCUAGAGCCAGUACUGGACAUAUUCAUUUAAUGCCUGACAGAAAUCCAGAUACAGCCUUGUUUAAACCACUGGACCACAGGUUACCUAGAAUUAUGAUACCCAUGGAAAAUUGUCCAAAAGAUUUCACCGUACGACCAGAAGAUCAUGCCAACACUCUGUUUAUAUGUAGAAUAACUGAAUGGAAGGAAGACUCAAUGUAUUCUCACGGAGAAUUAAUGAGGAGUUUAGGAGAAGCAGGAGAAAUAGAACCAGAAACAGAGGGAAUCCUGAUAGAAAAUGAUGUGGAUUACUCAGAAUUUACAGAGGAGGUGUGUUAA